AAAGUUAUCUUGAAUACUUCAUGUCACCUUUAAUAUCUAGGAUUGUUCCUUACAAAGAAAUCACUCGGUCGUACAUGACUAUUAGUGCAAAUGGUGUGACCCAGUACAGCCCGGAAGAAAUGGAGUUCACACCACUGCAUCAGUGGGAAAGUGAAUAUAAGUACUACCUAAAACUUAUGGAAAUAAAAACCUUCCGGUUCUAUCGCAUGUGGAAAGCCUUUUGGGUUUGGAGGAAGAAGAUAACGCUUGAAAAAUUUCUAAAUGCCAAGAGCUUUAUUGCACUAAAUUUAUUCAUAUGUGACUCAAUUUUCAGCCAAGGCUUGUUGCAAAUUAGAAACCUGUGUAGUGAAUUCUUUCAUUACUCUUUUAUGGAUGUUAAUAUUGUCGAGAAAUUAUCAUUAUUUGAUUUUGUUGAAAUUCAAGCAAGAAAAUUAGAAUACGGUCGAAGUAAAUUAAUUAAACUUCGAGAGAAUGUAAUGAAAAUAACGUAUGAAGCAUGUAUUCAGUCACUCCUUCAAGCCAAAUAUACUAUUGAUGAUUCAAACAUCACUAUUGAGCAAACAACUUACGGAAAGCUCGGUAGAUUUGCUUCGAAAGUGCAUCUAAGAAAAGAUGAUAUAUUAAAAAUGAGCUUUAUAGAACAAACAAAUAAAAGGAAAAAAUGUAAACGUCUUUCAUGCUUUAUUCAUCUAGUCGACUAUAUUUUAAUGAUUUGCAAGCUUAAUGUAUUGGAAAAUACCUACAUUGAUUUUUUGAAUGUAUUGAGAGGUCAUUUCAAUUUUUUAUCCAACGAGGAACAAUUUUCUGAAUCACGACUCAAUAUAGUAAUGAAAGAUUUCCGACCUCUAGAGUCACCUUUCAAGAAUCCUUAUUGGAUAGUCGAUUUGACGUUAUCAAAUAACAAGCUAGAAAUAGAUCCACCUGAUAAUGUAUUUUGGUUUGUAAUUAGAACAAUACGUGCAAUGUGGAGAGAUGAACUUGGAGAUAUUAAACCCUUAUUAACUGACAGUUAUUUUAAUUGCUUUACGAAACCAAUGAUUAAUCGAGUGGUAGAUAAAGAUCGAUUGGCUGGAAGUCCUCCAGAUUUUGUUCAAGUAGUAAACAAUGAUCCCACAAUUCAAAGUUUUAUGCAAGAAAUGGAUGAAUUGAUAGAAUUGAAUGUAAUUAGUCUGCGAAAUUAUUAUGAAAGAUUUAAAAAGAUAGAAACGUUUUACAAAGAAGAUAAAAGCUUUGAUGAUAAUAUUAUUCAAAAAAACUUACGGUGUGAUAUUUUUCGACAAUGGUGCUUACGUUAUAAGAAUGAAGAAGAAGUUAUUUUUCAAGUAACCGACUUGCAGCCCCUUGGAAUUUUUUUCUUACAAAUGAAACGAUUUAAAGAGGAAGCUUUAAAAGCGCCAGCUGCAAAGUGGAGAAUUCUACAGAAAAUAAUGCCAGAGAUUGGAAAGAGUAAAGUUGAAAAAUUGUUAAAUGAUGCUAUAGACACAGAAACUUUUUUAAACUCUGCACCAUCGACAACGGAUGAUUUUGUAGCGUACAUUUCAUUUAUUGAUGAAGCUCAAUGGAAACUAGAUCUCAUGGAUAAUGAAUUAGAGUAUGUGAAAGAGUUGUAUGAAAUAAUGGAAGAAUAUAAUAUUCCUGUAUCUGCAAUAGAUGUGGCUCAGAAUUUAGCAGCCAGUGAUGAAUUAACAAAUCUGAAGCAAACACUAAAAAAAUGUCUAGAGGAACGAGAACAGCUGAUAUUGAAGUUAAAUCAAGAGUUAGAAAAAGAUGUAAAAAAUAUAAUAGAGGAUGUUGCUGCAAUUGAUAAUGAAGUGAAGGAACCGUGGCUUAUAAAUACACAAACUGAUAUCACCACUUGUACCAAAGCUCUUGAAAGCCUUUCCAAACGUAUACAAGCAAACAAAGAUUUGGUAACUCGAUGUCAAAAUUAUCAAAAGAAAUUUAAACUGGAAGUAGUUCGUUUGGAUGUACUAGAUCAUGUAGAAGAUGAAAUACGACUUCGUACUCUUCUUUGGGAAAGUAUAAUUUCAUGGAAAGAAACAAUUAAAACUUGGUACAGCUGUGACUUCAAUUCUCUGGAUAUUGAAGAAAUAACAAACAUGAUAAUGCGUUAUUCAAAAAUUGUUAAUCAACUGGAAAAAGGUCUUCCCUCAAACGAUGUUUUGCCACAGUUUAAAAGUGAGGUGAAACAAAUGCAAGAAAAAUUACCAAUUAUCAGCUAUUUAAAGAAUCCUAGUUUAAAAUCACGACAUUGGUCAAGAAUUGAAUCAUUGUUGAAUUGUUUAUUUGAUUCAGAACAUCCAAUAACUCUAGACAUAAUAGAAGAGUAUGGAGUUUUUGAGCAUCAACAAGAGUUGAUGGAAAUAUCAGCUACAGCGACUUCAGAGGCGACACUAGAAAAUAUGUUGGACAAAAUUCAAGACACUUGGAAGACGUUAGAAUUUAUUAUAUUACCACACAAAGAAUAUAAAAAUGUAUUUAUUUUGGGAAGUCUUGAAGAAAUUCAAAGCGCUUUAGAAGAGAGUAACAUUGCUAUACAGACCAUUUCUGCUUCACGUUAUGUUUCUCCGAUUAAAUCUAGAGUAGAUGAGUGGAUAAAACAGAUGGAGCUCUUUUCAACGACCUUGGAUGCUUGGCAGUAUUGUCAGCAACAAUGGAUGUACCUUGAAGCAAUUUUCUCAGCUGCGGAUAUUCAACGUCAACUUCCAGUUGAAUCGAAGCUUUUCAUCAAAGUUGACAGAUCUUGGAGAGAAAUAAUGAGAAAAGCAUUUAAAAUGCCAGUAGCUAUGGAAUUAUGUACUCAGACUGGAUUACUUCGGCAAUUUGAAGAGAACAACAGAAACUUAGAUGAGAUUACAAAGUGCUUGGAGGCAUAUCUUGAGACAAAGCGCAUUGCUUUUCCUAGAUUUUUCUUUUUAUCGAAUGAUGAACUACUCGAAAUUCUUGCUCAAACAAGAAACCCUCAUGCUGUUCAAAAAUAUCUUCAGAAAUGUUUCGAUGCAAUUUAUCGUCUAGAAUUUGCAUCAGCAUCAUCUACAGCUGAUAUAACAUCUCCAAUUAUUUUAACAACAGAAAUAUUGGCUAUGAUUUCACCAGAGGGAGAGAAAGUAAAUCUCGGAAAAAAUCUGAAAGCUAGAGGGGGUGUUGAAUACUGGCUGAAGAAAGUUGAGGAAUCAAUGUUCAUUUCUCUAAAAAGAAUAAUGAAACUGGUGAUUAAUGAUUAUGAAGAGAAAGAAAAGCAAGAUAUCAUUAUUUCCUAUCCAUCUCAAAUAGUUCUUACAGUUUCUCAAAUAUUUUGGGCUCGAGAUGUUCAUUGUAUUUUUGAAAAAAUAGAGAACACAGAUGAAGCAUUGAAAUCUUUUGAGCUAAAAUGUUAUUCUGAAUUAAACCAAUUAGCUGGAAUGGUAAGAGGUGAACUACAUACAUUGGUUAGAGAUGUUAUCAUCAAUUUAAUUACUAUUGAUGUACAUGCGAGAGAUAUUAUAACGUCGUUGAUAGAAAAUAAAGUUUCUUCCAGCACCGAUUUCGAAUGGACAAAAAAUUUACGAUACUAUUGGGAUCAAGAAAUAGAUAAUUGUGUAGUACGAAUGAGUACAGCUGAAUAUUUAUAUGGUUAUGAGUAUUUAGGAGCACAAAAAAGACUUGUUAUCACUCCGUUAACUGACAAAUGCUAUUUGUGUCUCAUGGGUGCUCUGCAGCUCAAGCUAGGCGGAGCACCAGCUGGACCUGCUGGGACAGGAAAAACUGAAACAACAAAAGAUUUGGCAAAAGCACUAGCAAUUCAAUGUAUUGUUUUUAAUUGUUCUGAAGGUUUGGAUUUUAAAAUAAUGGGACGAUUUUUUUCUGGGAUAGCAACUUCUGGUGCUUGGUGUUGCUUUGAUGAAUUUAACAGAAUUGAUAUUGAAGUUUUAUCAGUAAUUGCACAGCAAUUAAUUACAAUUAAAAAUGCUAAAGUUGCUGGUGUUAAUGAAUUUAUGUUUGAAAGUCGUAUGAUUAAUUUAGUAAUGUCAUGUGCUACUUUUAUCACUAUGAAUCCUGGUUAUGCUGGUCGCACCGAACUUCCUGAUAAUCUCAAAUCAUUAUUCAGACCAAUCUCUAUGAUGGUUCCUGACUACAAAUUAAUUGCUGAAGUAAUUUUGUAUUCUGAGGGAUUCGAAUCUUCAAAACAAUUGUCAAUAAAGAUGACUUUAAUGUAUACUUUAUGUAGUGAACAACUUUCGCAACAAGAUCACUACGACUUUGGAAUGAGAGCAGUCAAGAGUGUCCUUAUGAUGGCUGGAAGUUUGAAAAGAGAAAAUCCGGAUAAAAGUGAAGAAGUUGUUUUAAUCAAAGCUCUACGCGAUAGCAAUUUGCCAAAAUUUCUGGCUGAUGAUGCCAAUUUAUUUCUAGCAAUUUUAUCAGAUCUUUUUCCAAAUACUUACAUUCCCGAUGAUAAUUAUGGAGUAUUCGAAGAGACUAUUAUUUCUGUCAUGACAGAUGCAAAAUUGCAGCCAGAAAAGUCAUCGAUCGUGAAGACAAUUCAAUUACACGAGACAAUACGAGUCAGACAUGGAGUGAUGUUAGUUGGACCUACUGGCGGAGGAAAAACUACUGUUCUUCAUACAUUAUGUGAUACAUACUAUCGUUUAUUUGAACAAUCAAUCCCUGGACCAUUUAACAAAAAAGUCAAUAUGUAUGUACUUAAUCCAAAAGCUGUAACUAUAGGAGAAUUGUAUGGAGAAAUUGAUACAUAUUCCAAUGAAUGGCAAGAUGGUUUACUGGGUGCCAUUAUCCGGAAAGCAUGUGCAUCAGAAUAUGAUGAUAAUCAAUGGGUGAUUUGUGAUGGCCCGGUGGAUGCUCUUUGGAUUGAAAAUAUGAAUACAGUACUUGAUGAUAAUAAAAUGCUGUGCUUGGCUAAUUCUGAACGUAUUAAAUUCACACCCUAUGUUCGAAUGAUUUUUGAAGUGAUGGAUCUAGCACAAGCUUCACCAGCUACUGUCAGUCGUUGUGGAAUGGUUUACGUUGAUCCCCUCGAAUUAGGAUGGAUGCCUUAUGUCAAGAGUUGGUUGAGCAAAUUACAAAAUAAAUUACCUGAUGUCGUGAUAUAUAAUACAAUUCUAGAAUUAUUUGAAAAGUAUAUCGAAGAUGGAUUAGUAUUUUUAAAAAAAAAUUGUCAACAUGUCAUUGCUCAGGUUGACAUGGGUAAAGUCAAUAUGGUAUGUACUCUCUUGGAAAGUAUUCUUCUAGAGUCAGAAGUAAUAAAUAAAACAACCGAUAAUUUACGGCUAACGACUAUUGUCACUCAGUCAUUUGUAUUCUCGUAUCUUUGGGGAAUCGGGGGAAAUGUUACUGAUGGAUCUCGUAAAACUUUUGAGCUUUUUGUGCGUACUCAGCUGGAAAAAGAUGUGAAUUCUAGAGAACUUUGGAAUUUUUAUAUUAAUCCCAAACUCCAACAAUUUGAUUUAUGGCAAAAUAUUCUUCCUACUUUUCAAUAUGAUGAAAAUGUACCAUUUUUUGAAAUUCUUGUUCCCACUAUUGAUACAGUACGUUUUGGAUAUCUGAUCAAAAAAAUGAUUAUGGCCAAUAAGCCAGUUUUUAUCACUGGAACAACUGGUGUUGGAAAGUCAGUAAUAGUUAAACUUGUCUUGAAUACUCUUCGAGAAACGGGUCUCUGGAUAACCGUGUCUUUAAAUUUUUCUGCUCAGACGAGCAGUAAGCGAACGCAAGAUAUUAUAGAACUUAAAUUAGAAAAGAAGAAAAAGUCAUUGCUCGGAGCUCCAAUGGGGAAGAAAGUGUGUGUCUUUGUAGACGAUGUUAACAUGCCACGGUUGGAUACUUAUGGUUCCCAGCCUCCUUUAGAGCUUCUUCGACAAGUGUUGGAUUUCAGUGGUUUCUAUGAUCGUAAAAAAUUAUUCUGGAAGAUAAUAGAAGAUAUGGUCUUGGUGGCAGCUUGUGCUCCUCCAGGUGGUGGUAGAAAUCCUUUGAGCCCGAGAUUUGUACGACAUUUUGGAAUGCUUGUCGUUCCCACACCUACUGAAGCUUCUCUAAAUACCAUUUUCACAGCUAUUAUAAGAGGAUUUUUAGAUUGCAAACAUUUUCAAAAAUCUAUUCAAGAGAUUGGAGAUAAAAUUGUGAAUGCAACAGUGGAGUUAUAUAAUCGUAUAGCUAUCGAUCUCCUUCCAACGCCAACAAAAAGUCACUACAUCUUCAACCUUCGGGAUCUGUCAAAGUGCAUUCAAGGCAUCAUGCAAAGUGAUCCUAUGUCAAUUCGAGACACCAAACAAAUGACAAGACUUUUUUAUCAUGAAUGUUUGCGAGUUUUUCAUGAUCGUCUAGUUGAUAAUAUCGAUAAAGCUUAUUUUUAUCAGUUACUUUCUGAUACAUGUUCACAAUUUUUUGGAGACCAAGUCAUUUCACCGCCCUCUGAAGAUAAUAUUGAAUUAUCUUCACUGUUCUUUGGAGAUUUUAUGAAAUUUGGUGCACCAAAGGAGUCUAGAGUCUAUGAAGAAAUCACAGAUAUCGAGAAAAUGAAAUCUAUCCUUCAAGAUUAUCUUGAUGAUUACUGUCUCAACUCUAAGAAGGACAUGAAGCUUAUUUUUUUCUCUCAUGCCAUUGAACAUUUAUGUAGACUUGCUAGGAUCUUAAGAUCAGAACGAGGUCAUGGGUUGCUGGUGGGUGUUGGAGGGAUGGGCAAACAGAGUUUAACUAAAUUAGCAUCUCAUUUAAAUGGAUAUCCAUGCUGGCAGAUUGAAGUCAUUCGAGGAUAUGAUAAAAAUUCCUGGCAUUCAGAUCUACGUAAUUUUUAUUUCAAACCUGGAGUUGCUGCUGAAGAUGCUACUUUUCUUUUUACGGAUACACAAAUUGUUAUGGAAGAAUUCUUAGAAGAUAUUAAUAAUACUCUAAAUUCAGGAGAAAUUCUUAAUCUUUAUGAAGCAGAGGAAUUAGAAAAAGUAAUAAUAGCAACUAGACCUGCAGCCAAAGCAGUAGGAAUACCAGAAACAAAUCGUGAUGAAAUUUAUGACUAUUUCAUUGGUCGAGUUAGAAAUCAUUUACAUUUGAUUUUGUGCAUGAGUCCUGCUGGAAAUGGAUUUCGACGACGGUGUCGGAUGUUUCCGUCGUUGGUCAACUGUUGUACGAUUGAUUGGUUCACUAAAUGGCCUAGUGAAGCUCUUAUUUCAGUUGCUGAAAUUUCUAUAAUUCCAAGCAUAACCACGGAACCUGAUCUAGCAAAUGCCUUGACAUCCAUUUGUGUGUUAAUGCAUCAAAGCGUCGACGAGAUGACUGAGAGAUAUUACAUCGAGAUGGGUAGACGAUAUUAUACCACUCCUAGCAGUUAUCUCGAGUUAUUAAGAUUAUUUUCAAUAAUUUUAAACCGGAAAACAAAGGAAAUUGCAUCUCUAAAGACCAAAAUAGGAAAUGGACUCAAUAAACUUUAUGAAACACGAGAAACUGUUGCAAUAAUGAAAAAAGAACUCAUUGUCUUGACACCACAGUUACAAACGAGUUCUGAAGAAGUCACAAACCUCAUGAAAGUUUUGGCGAAAGAGCGAAUCGAAUGUGAUCAAGCUCGAGCAAUUGUUUCUGCCGACGAAGCUGUUGCUAAAGUAAAAGCACAAGAAACAGCACUUUUAGAGGCCGAAGCGAGGAAAGACUUAGAAGCAGCAAUGCCAGCCUUAGAAGAAGCUCAGAAGGCUCUUCAGUCGCUCAACAAGAAUGACAUAAACGAGAUUCGGGUUUUCAAUAAACCACCACCUCUAGUACGCUAUGUUAUGGAAGCUGUCUGUCUUCUUUUAGGUGAAAAAACGGAUUGGGCUACUGCUAAAUUAGUUCUUUCAGAUCUUCAUUUUCUUGAUCGCUUAAUAAAUUAUCCAAAGGAUAAAAUAAAUGAUAAAUUACUAAAAAAACUUCAAAGUUAUAUAAAUAAUCCUGAAUUCAUUCCAAAAAAUGUUGCCAAACAAAGUAAAGUUUGUAAAUCAAUUUGUAUUUGGGUUCGAGCUAUAGAUGGUUAUGCAAAAGUAUUCAGAGUCGUUGAACCAAAACGUAUUGUAUUUGAAAAAGCUCAAAACGAACUGCAAUCAAUUGAAAAUAUUCUUUAUUCAAAGCAGAAUCAAUUAGCAGAAGUUGAAAAUAAAAUUUUAGAAUUACAAAAUCAAUACGACUCAGCAGUUAGGAAUUUAAAACAACUACAAUCAAAUAUUGCUCUAAAUGAAGCUAGACUUAACAGAUCUGGUCGUUUGAUAAUGGCUUUAGAGGAUGAGCAAGAAUUAUGGGAAGAAAUGACUCAAGAGUUUGAAUCAAAAACUCCUAAUCUCAUUGGUGAUUCCCUGGUGGCUGCUGGAGCGUUGGUUUACUUUGGGGCAUUUUCUCAAUCCUAUAGACAAGAACUUCUUAAGCUGUGGCUAACAGAAAGCAGAAUAUUGAACAUAAAAAUAGCUACAAAUUUUAACUUGAUUGAUGUCUUAGUCAAUCCUUUUCAAAUUCAAGCGUGGAAUAUUUUUGGAUUGCCUAGAGAUCAAACGAGUGCUGAGAAUGCUCUACUGGUCACUCAAGCCAAGAAAUGGCCACUUAUUAUUGAUCCUCAAGAACAGGCAUAUCACUGGAUUCGGAAUAUGGAAGCUAAAAAUGAUUUAAAAAUAUGCGCCAUGAAUGAUCCUAACUUGACUAAAAUCGUCGAAAGAUCUAUUAGAUUAGGGACACCUGUAAUGAUUAACAAUGCUGGAGAAGUUUUGGAUCCCAGUUUAGAUCCUGUUUUACUACAACAAACUUUUAAUCAGAAAGGACAAACGUUUAUUAGAUUUGGAAAUACUGAUAUUGAAUAUGAAGACAGCUUUAAAUUGUACAUAACAUCAAAAAUAGCCAACCCUCACUAUUUACCGGAGGUGUGUAUUAAAGUGACUGUAGUGAAUUUUACUGUCACACCAUCUGGACUAGAAGAGCAACUUCUAGCAGAUGUAGUUCGCUUAGAAAGACCGGAUUUGGAAAAGCAACGAAAUGAAUUGCUUGCAAAAAUAAAUUCAGAUAAUAUCCAGUUGCAAAAUAUCGAAGAUAAGAUACUUUCUAUGCUAUUUAACUCAACUGGAAAUAUUUUGGACAACGAAGAUUUAAUUGAAAGUCUUAAUGAUAGCAAAGAGACAUCAGCAAUGGUUGCAACUCGACUUGCAGAGUCACAAAAGACAGAGGAAAAGAUAAUAAUAGCUCGUGAAAAGUAUCGCACAGUAGCAACUCGAGGAUCUAUUUUAUUUUUCGUCAUUGCUAGCCUUGCAGAAAUAGAUUCAAUGUAUCAAUUCUCUUUAAAAUAUUUUAAGCUGAUAUUUAAUAACGCCAUUGAAUUAAGCGAAAAGAGUAAAAACAUUGGCAAACGACUUAAUACUCUCUUUGAAAGAAUUACUCUAUCUAUCUACCUAAAUGUCUCUCGAGGUCUUUUUGAAAAACACAAGCUUAUCUUAAGCUUCAUGAUCAGCGUGGCGAUUCGUAUGAAUGAAAAAACAAUUACUCAACAACAGUGGAAUUUUCUACUUCGUGGUCCCGGCCAAAUUAAAAAUCGAAAGAAACCAGAUUGUGCCACUUUAAAUGAUUCCAUGUGGAAAUCAAUCAAUUAUUUAGAUGGAAAUUUCAAAAGUUUUAAUGGGAUUGUUGAUGAUGCUUUGAAAAAAAUUGAAUUGAAUAUAGGCUAUUUAAAAGAAGAAAUCAAUAUAAUAUCUGAAAAUAAUGACAGAGCUCUCAAGAAUUGGGAUACUCUGCUUAAUGACAUAGAAAAAUUAAUGUUACUGAAAGCUCUGAAAGAAGAAAGACUUAUAUUUGGUAUUUCAGCUUUUAUAAAAAAUAAUUUAGGUCAAAAAUAUAUUGAAUCUUCUGUGAUAUCGCUAGCAGAUGUAUUUUCUGACACAUCAAACAAGAUUCCUUUGAUAUUUAUUUUAAGCCCAGGCUCAGAUCCAUUUGGAGCUUUUCAUAAACUGGCAGGAGAAAAGGGAUUUACUGAUAAAUACCACUCAAUCUCUCUAGGUCAAGGGCAAGGACCUAUUGCAGAAAGUUUAAUAAAAGAAAGUUAUAAAAAAGGUCAAUGGAUUUUUCUUCAAAACUGCCAUUUAGCAUCGUCAUGGAUGCCAAGGCUGGAACGAUUAGUCAUAGAAAUUACUGAAGCUGUUAUUGAUGUUCACAAAGACUUCCGGCUGUUUUUAAGUUCUUUACCAAGCUCAACUUUUCCUAUAUCAGUUCUAGAAAAUGCAGUUAAGAUUACGAAUGAGCCUCCCAAAGGAUUGAAAGCUAACAUGAAACGAAUGUUAUUUGAUUUAGAUGAAGACUUUUUUGAACAAAAUGAUUUAGGAUUACAAUGGAGAUCUAUGAUAUAUGGAAUAUGCUUUUUCCACGCAAUUAUUCAGGAGCGAAAAAAAUUUGGCCCACUAGGUUGGAAUAUUAGCUAUGAAUUUACAGAUAAUGAUCGAGAAUGUUGCUUUAAAAAUUUAGAAAUGUCUUGUAAUAAUAAAAAUAUACCAUGGAGUGCUUUAACUUAUACUACAGGAGAAAUUACUUACGGAGGUAGAAUUACAGAUAAUUGGGAUUUACGUUGUUUAAAGACAAUUUUGAACAUCUUCUUUUCUCCGAAGAUAUUUGAAGAAGAUUAUAGAUAUUCUCCCUCAGGAUUAUAUUAUCGUCCUAAUUUUACUCGUCUUCAAGAUUACAAAAAUUUUGUGGAGAUAUUUCCAUUGACAGAAGAGCCAGAAAUAUUUGGCAUGGAUGAAAAUGCUAAUAUAAUUUAUCAACUUCAAGAAUCUAGAACAAUUACCAACACCAUUUUAGAAAUUCAACCUAAGGUAGAUAUUGGAUCUGAAGAAAAAUCAAGCUCUGAAAUAGUAUAUGAAACUACUCAAAUAAUAAUGAAUCGAACGGGAACUAAGAUAGAUCCUGAUGAAUGUAAUCAAGUUCAUUAUAAAAGAGAUUCAGAGGGAAGACUUCCUUCAUUUACAACAGUCUUGUUACAUGAAGUGGAAAGGUAUAAUAAAUUACUUUAUAAAAUCCAUGCAUCAAUGGAGACUCUUCAACAAGCAAUCAAAGGUUUUGUUGUUAUGUCUGAUGAAUUGGAAAAUAUUUUCAACUCUCUCUUAAACAAUCAAGUACCUAAACAAUGGCAUAAUCUUAACGUAUAUCCAUCACUGAAGAGUUUAGGGAGUUGGAUAAGAGACUUAGAGCUUCGAACGAGCUUUAUUAAAACGUGGUUAAUCAACGUCGAGCCAACUUCCUUUUGGAUCUCAGGAUUUUCAUUUCCCCAAGGAUUUAUAACUAGUAUUCUACAAACCCACGCACGAAAAUAUAACAUUCCUAUUGACUUAUUAAAACUCGACUACGUAGUAAUGAAAGUCGUUUUAAACCAAGAAGUUAUUCAAACAGAAAAUAAUAAAAAGAAUUCUAUACUUUAUCCUGGCUUAAUGACUCCUAGUAAUGGUGUUUUUGUUCAUGGCUUAUACUUAGAUGCAGGAAAAUGGGAUUUUGAAUCCAUGACUUUAAUAGAUGCUGCUAUAGGAGAAAUAAACCCGCAAUUACCAGUAAUAAAUAUUAUCCCUGUGUUGAAUCUUCCAACUGAUGACAAUCGAUACAUAUGUCCACUUUACAAGACUGCUAUUCGUGCUGGCGUUUUAUCUACCACAGGACAUAGUACCAAUUUUGUAACUCCAAUAUUACUACCAUCAUCACGCGAACAAGCUUAUUGGAUACUUAAAGGAACAGCACUUUUAAUACAAAUAACAGAUUGA